GCGUUUUUCUUUCUCGAGACUGCGACAGAUUGCAUUGUCACCAUUGCAACUGCGUCGCUGGAUCCAACAACUUCCUCUCACGUAGGAUGGUAUAGCCCGAGUCUCUCCUCCGCAUUUCAUAUCUCGGCAUCCGACAUCCCAGGGUUUAACGCGUCUCGCAUUUGGCAGACCUGCUCCAUCCUAAGACGCCGAUAUGGUACCCGCUGCCUCGACUUCAGUCCUCUCCCUCGUCCUGCUGUUAGCCCCUCGGCUCGCCUGCGCAACAUGUUACUGGCAGAACAGCACCCUCGCUCCCGACGACCCAUACUCGAUAGCUCCAGACGACACAGCAUGUUUCCCGGAUCAAGACAAUUCGCCUUGUUGCGGAACAGGAUGGACCUGUCUCUCAGACGGAGUGUGCUAUAUUCGCGAGGACGGAACGGACUUUUAUUACCGGGGAACGUGUACAGACCGCACCUGGGACAGUCAGCAAUGUCCAGGAUGGUGUUUUGCUCAGAACUCUAACACCUCGAUACCGCUUGCCAAAUGCGACACCACUCAGGAUUGGUUUUGCUGUCCCGGAGACGCGGAUUGUAGCUGCGAUACCGGGAAGAAUGUCGUCAAGCUAGGAGCGACUCAACCUUCCACAGUCACUGUAAUCGGAAGCACAAGCUGGCCAGGCUACACCAGCACCACGACACCCUUCACAGCCAGUGACCUUGUUUCAGAAGGCACUACCACAGACACAAAUACGCAAGCUGCUACCACCUCAUUAGCAAGCGGCACGAACUCCGUAACGACAACAACGGGAUCUCCCAGCGCUACCGGAAGUGCUGCCGCUGCCUCUGCUUCUUCGAGUACGGCGGCGGUGUCCAGUAGGUCAGGAUCGAGCAACACAGGUCUCGCUGCCGGGUUGGGGGCCGGAUUAGGGGCAGCUGCCGUUCUUAUUGGCGUGCUUGUAUUCUUUCUGCUCCGGAACCGGCGCAAGAAGAACGCUGCUAAGGUGGGAUCACACUCCGGCUACGACGGCAUUCCAGGCAGCAGUGCCACGAUCCAAAAGUCCUUCUACUCGGACAGGCAGCCUGCUGCACCGUACACCGACAAUGCUUCCAUGCUUGGCGGUACACAAUACAAGCCUGAGCUGGCCGGUCAAGGAGAGCACGACGUGUCUGAGAUGUCUUCGGAAAGUCAAGGUCAAACCAUAUAUAAAAACCAGCACCGAGCGGAACUUGAUGCUUCAUGACGCUAGGAACAGUCGAAGCGGGCGUUUAUUGUGAAAAUGGAGUUUGCGCAAGGUGCUUACUGCUGUGCGGGAUUUAAUAAGGAAGCAAAUGGCACAACAGCUUCGGGGUUUCCCAGCAAUGUGUCCCUUGUCCGUUUGCUUUUCAUUCCAGAUUCGUUGUUAAUGCCGUCCGAAGCUCUCGUUGGGUGACGAUUUCCAAGAAGCUCUGGCGUCUUGGCUGGUGCUGCAUGCCCGGAAAGCAUUGGCCACUG